AUGUUUCGAACACUUGCGAUCAAGUAUAUAAAGCAAUCGCGGCGAUCUGCUUACUUAUUCUAUCACAAUCUCGACAGCCUCCCCAUCCAGACACAGACAUCAUCAAGCCUAUGUCUUCAACCACCAACAACACCAUUUCUACGCCAAUAUCACACACCAAAGAAGUUCCUAUCCUCACAUACUAGCACAAUGUGUCUCGAUAUCUACCACGAUUACCAGGAAUGUGGGCACCAUAGGUAUGUCCGCACUUAUACUUGCUGGCAAGAUCGUUGGGAGGUGAUUUGCCCCUGUUUGUCCUUCCCUCAGAUAUUCCCCUUCAAGAGCCAGCAUAACAGUACCGAUAAUCGGCAGGUCCGACUAGGCUCCUGUCCCAACUGUGAGGCAUCGAAAAAGAAGAGGGAGAGGAGGGAUUAUGGGGGGUUUACUGCUCAGCAAACCCAUGGUGCUGGAGCCUCCCAUGGGAGAGGACAGUUGCAGGCAACACAGCCAACCGGAGGUCAUCAGGAGUUGAGGGUGCCCGAAAGAGCCCACCAACCAGGGGCAUAUAGACAGGAGCCUCAUAUGCACAUGGCUUCCCAACCGAGGCCUUCUGAUCGGGUAUACACCAGUCCUCCGGGUGUACACCUCCCGCAUCACUCUCCGGCACCAAGCCAAGGUGCAAGUCAGCCCCGAAGACAGCAUAAUGAUACUCACGCAAGCUCCUCCAAGCGCGAACGGCACGUUCGUGGUCAACAAGUAGGAAACAAGGUCAUCGUGGACAAGGGCGUUACUCUCCCACCCGAGGGACAAUAUAAGACGCCUGAUACUAGCAGAUACAGGACCGCACGCAAUAGUCCGAGAAGAGUUGGCAGUGGGCGGGAUCGUAUUGAUCGGUCCCACACCGUUUCUCCUCUCACUGAGGAUGAGAGGAAUGCUCCCUAUGUGGAGAUCCCGUCUCAUGACGAGUAUCCUGGUUGGGUAUAA